CGCGGAGCCGGCCCGGAGCGCGGAGCUGGCCGAGAGCGCGGAGCCGGCCCGGAGCGCAGGGCCAGCCCCGGGGCGGACAACCAGUCCCCGAGCAGAACCAGCCCGGCGCGCUGAACCGGCCCGGCGCGCGGAUCCAGCCCCGGAGCAGAGCCGGCUGCAGGGGAACCGGGGCCGCGGGCGGCGAGGCCAGGCUGGUAGGGGCGCCGGCCGCGCGGACCUCGGUCGGCGAGGACGCGGCGGCUCCGGCGGCGGCGCGCCCAAGGAUGCAGACCAUGGACCGGGCCGCGGCGGCUUUUUAUGAGGAGGACGGCAAGGACCUGGACUUCUAUGACUUCGAGCCGCUCCCCACUCUGCCAGAAGACGAGGAGAACGUGUCCCUGGCCGACAUCCUCUCCCUGCGGGACAGCGGCCUGAGCGAGCAGGAGGCCUGGGCUGUGUGCCUGGAGUGCAGCCUGGCAAUGCGCAGCGUCGCCCACUCGGCCAUCUUCCAGACCCUGUGCAUCACGCCCGACACGCUGGCCUUCAACACCAGCGGGAACGUGUGCUUCAUGGAGCAGCUCAGCGAUGACCCUGAGGGAGCUUUUGUGCCCCCAGAGUUUGAUGUGACGGGGAACACCUUUGAGGCUCACAUCUACUCUCUGGGGGCCACGCUGAAGGCAGCCCUCGACUACGUGCCAGAGCCUGACCCCCAGCCCAGGCUGAGCCAGGAGCUGGAGGCGCUGCUGGGCCAGAUGCAGGCGGAGGACCCCGGGGACCGGCCCAACCUCCAGAGCAUCAUCGCGCUGUGCGAGGAGAAGAUGCAGCUCACGUCGUCCUGCCGCCUGUGCCGGAGCCUGUCGGCCGCCGGGAGGAGAGUGCUCUCCAUCGAGUCCUUUGGGGCGUUCCAAGAUGUCAGCGACAUCACCUGGAGGGGGCGACUGGCUCCUAGAGGUGCGGGCCCCAAAAGGCAGCUGGGGGACCGUUCUGCUGACCCCGAGGCCCUGCCUGCCCCGGAGGGCUGGCCCCCGAGCCCCACCAGAGAAGGCCUGGAGCACCCCGGGACCCCACCUUCCAAGGCUCUGCUGUCUUCCCCUGUGAAGAAUGGAGAGAGCCCGGGUCAGGAGGGGCUGGCCUGCCUCCUCCUGGACGCCCAGCGGCCUCUGGCUGACCAGGACAGAGGCUUCCUGGACAAGAGCGGCCUGAGAAAGGUGCGGACGCUCCCCCGGCUCCCGCCCGACGGCCCCGAGUCCAGCGCCCUCUGCCUGUCGCUGACCAGCGUGAAAACCCCGCUGCCUGCAUCGGAAUUCUUCCCUCCAGACCCCAAGAAGGCCUUUCCAGAGGGGAAACAUGGCCUGUCCAGCUUCCAGGCACAGCCUGGAUCCAGACUGUGGCCGGAGCGAGAGCUCGAGCUCCGUUGCCGAGGGGACAAGAGGGUGGGCGGCGUCAGCCCUGCUCGGGAAAGCCCCCCGCCUGGUUCCGAGGGCCCUCUAGAUGCGGGUGGAGACCCAGGGACUCUGGAGCCUGACGAGGGGACUGCGGACGGAGCUGGGGAGCCGGACAGGGCAGCUGCCGAGCAGGGCGUCUCCCUGCAGGACCUCCUGACCAAGCUGGGCCGGCCCUUCAAGGAGUACGAGCUCUGGGCUCUGUCCCACGCAUGCCUCAGCACCCUGCGGACGCUCGGCCAGCACCCAGCCUGCCUGUGUCUGGACUCCGUGCUGGUUGCCGAAGAUGGAGCCGUGCUUUUCGGGCCGCCUCCUGCCAACGGCGCUUACAACGCGUUCUUCCUGGCUCCCGAGGUCGCGGAGCAGAAGCUGAUGACUGAAAAGGCCUCCGUAUACUGUGUGGCUGCGGUCCUGUGGACGGCCGCCAAGUUCAGUGUCCCUCGAGACCGCAAGCUGGCCCUGCCACGCAGACUCAAGACGCUCCUCCUGCACAUGGCCAGACGCAGCGCCCAGGAGCGGCCUUCUGCUGCGGAGGCCAUCGAGACCUGCAGUGGUUACCUCCUGCAGCGGGGCAUGGACAGCCGCGAGAUCCUGGCCCACCUGAGGGCGCUGACCUGCCGGGUUUACCAGGAAGAGGAGACCAUUGGUCUGCAGCGCGCUUUCUCGGUGGUUGAGCUGGACCCCAGCCUGGCAGCCGCACCCAGGCCUAACUCAGACCUCGUGUGGGCCGCUGGCGACAGCAGGCUUGCGGCCGUGCAGGGGCCAGUGCCCAGUCAGCCCUGUGGCCUCCGAGGGGCCGCGCUGCUGCCCGAGGCACUCACCUCUCCAGACGCUCACUGCAGGCCCAUCGUCCUGACUGCGGACGCAGGUGUCUCUAGGGACAGGCCCGCCCUGACCUCAGGGCCAGCGGAGAGCCCAGAAGCCACAGGAGGCCAGCUGGACCCACAGGGCGAUGGGAAGCAGGCUGUCACGGCCCCCUGCCCAGAGACAGCUGUGCAGCCGGCGCCCAGCCCCCCAGGGCCCCUCAGGGAGUCAGCGCCAAGAGGCUCAGCCCAGGGGUGCUCCUGGACCCCUGCCAGCCCACCAGAGGGGCCGUCAAUGCCAACGCCACAAUCUCCGGCCCCACGCCCGCCCCUGGAGACACAGGAGUCCUCCGAGGAUCGAGGGGCAGAGGAGCUCACCCCAAUUCGAGCAUCUUCUGCUGGGCUCGGGCCCCCCACAGCGCCCCCCAGCCCUCGCCCCCCAGCUGAGCCUCCUAGAAGCAGGACCACCCAGGAGGCAGGCCAGGAGCCUGAGAGCCCCCCAUUAGCCGCACAGGGCCCCUCCCCGGCCACAGGGAAUCCAGACAGCCCCGGGGCUGCCCCAGGAGGCCAGCCUGAGGCGCCCCAGCCAGCAGACCGCAAGCUCUGUCCGUCCAGCUUGGACGCCCCGCCCCUCCCGGAGGGGGUGGCCUGCCCGGCACUGCAGGAGGCCACGCGCCUCAUCCAAGAGGAGUUUGCCUCCGACGGCUACCUGGACCGCGGGCUGGAGGCUCUAAUCAUGGGGGAGUACAUUUACGCCCUGAAAGACCUCACCUAUGCCACGUUCUGCGGGGCCAUAUCGGAAAAGUUCUGCGACCUCUACUGGGGCGAGAAGCUGCUGCAGAGCCUCUUCAACGUGGUGAACGGACGGACGUCGCCCUCGGGGAAAGCUUCCGACGACACGGGGUCGCAGCCUGAGGGCAGCAGGACCCGUGCUCCCAGCAGCUGCUCACCAUCCAGCAGGAGGGCCUCACGUCUUGGGCCGGGCGAGACAGGGCUCUGGGGGAAGGAGAAGCCGGGUGUGGACUCAGACGAGCUCUCUCAGGGCAACUUCGAAGUGGGGUUCCGGCCUCAGCAGUCUGUCAAAGCUGGGAGGGAGCGGCAGCCGGAGGCCCAGCUGCAGGGCGGGGGCCUGGCCGGGGGUGCCGAGGCCGAGUCCCGGCCCCCCGGGGCCCCCGAGCGUGGCCCAGCAGUGAGCCCCGCCCCGCUGGGCGCGCCGAGCUGCAGCCCAGGCUGGUGCAGUGCCUUCUACGAGGCCGACUGCUUUGGCGCCGACGUGCACAGCUACGUGCAGGAGCUGGCCGAGCAGAAGGCCCCCGGGGACCCUGCGGCCGACACCCAGUGUCCGGAGCUGGAGCAGCAGCUCAUGAUCGAGAAGAGGAACUUCCGAAAGACCCUGAAGUUCUACCAGAAGCUCCUACAGAAGGAGAAGAGGAACAAAGGCUCUGAGGUGAAGACCAUGCUGUCCAAACUGAAGGGGCAGCUGGAGGAGAUGCGGUCCAAGGUGCAGUUCCUCGGGCUGGCCAAGAAGUACCUCCAGGUCGUGUACGCGGAGCAGUGGGGCCUGGAGCCCUACGCGCUGCCCGUGAUCGUGAACAUCGCGGCCGCCCACUGCGACACGCUGGACUUCAGCCCCCUGGACGAGUCCUCGUCCCUCAUCUUCUACAACGUCAGCAAGCACCCACGAGGCGGCCGGCAGCCCAAGGCGCGCGUCCUGCAGGCUGGCACCCCGCUGGGGCUCAUGGCCUACCUGUACUCCAGCGGCGCCUUCCUGGAGGGCUACGUCCAGCAGUUCCUGUACACCUUCCGCUACUUCUGCAGCCCCCACGACUUCCUGCACUUCCUGCUGGACCGCAUCAGCAGCACCCUGUCCAGGGCCCACCAAGAGCCCACCUCCACCUUCACCAAGAUCUACAGGCGGAGCGUCUGCCUCCUGCAGGCCUGGCUGGAGGACUGCUACACCGUGGACUUCGUGAGGAACGCCGGGCUCCUGGGGAGGCUCCAGGAUUACCUCUCCUCCCAGAUCCUGCCCCUGGACAGCUCCGUGGAGCACCUGCUGGGCCUGCUGGAGGUGGGCAGCGAGCGGUGGGCUGAGGGCACCCUACGUGGUACAGACCUGGAGGACCCCAAGGAGGUGGAGGAGGACGCCAAGCCCCUCAACGCCCUGUGUAAGAGGCUCUCAGAGGACGCCGUCUCCCGGAAGAGCUUCCCCUGGCGACUCUCCCGGGGCAACGGGCUGGCACUGCCCCACAAGGAGCGCCAGUACAGCAUCGCGUCGGCCCUGCCCAAGCCCUGCUUCCUGGAGGACUUCUACGGGCCCUACACCAAGGCCGGCGAGAAGGGGCCCUACUUCCUGACGGAGUACAGCACCCAGCAGCUCUUCAGCCAGCUGACGCUGCUCCAGCAGGAGCUGUUUCAGAAGUGCCACCCUGUCCACUUCUUAAACUCGCGGGCCCUGGGCGUCACGGACAAGAGUGCAGCGGUCCCCAGGGCCAGCUCCUCUGAGUCUCUGUCAGCCAAACCCUGCAGCUUAUUUCUGCCCAACUACGUCCAGGACAAAUACCUGUUACAGCUUUUAAGAAGUGCAGACGACGUCAGCACCUGGGUGGCCGCCGAGAUCGUGACCAGCCACACCUCCAAGCUGCAGGUGAACCUGCUCUCCAAGUUUCUGCUGAUCGCGAAGUCUUGCUACGAGCAGAGGAACUUCGCCACGGCCAUGCAGAUCCUGGGCGGCCUGGAGCACGCGGCCGUACGCCAGUGCGCGGCCUGGAGAAUUCUGCCCGCGAAGAUAGCGGAGGUGAUGGAGGAGCUGAAAGCUGUGGAGGGAUGCCCCCUCGCCUCUGCUCAGCCCACGCCCGUCUGGGUCCCAGGUCUUCCUGAAGAGCGACAGCCUGUGUCUGAUGGAAGGACGGCGCCUCAGGGCCCAGCCCACCCUGCCCUCAGCCCACCUGCUGGCCAUGCACAUACAGCAGCUGGAGACGGGAGGCUUCACCAUGACCAACGGGGCCCACAGGUGGAGCAAGCUCAGAAACAUCGCCAAGGUGGCAAGCCAGGUCCACGCGUUCCAGGAGAACCCCUACACGUUCGCCCCCGACCCCAAGCUGCAGUCCCAGCUCAAGCAGAGAAUCGCUCGCUUCAGCGGGGCCGACAUCGCUGUGCUGGCGGCGGACAGCGGGGCGGGCCCCCGGCAGGCAGCCAGCGAGAAGCACUCCCGGAAGAUCCAGGACAAGCUGCGGAGGAUGAGGGCCACGUUCCAGUAGCGGAGGCGGCAGGCCGGGGGGUGGACGGGGGCCCCCCGCAGUGCAGGAGGGUCGGACGGGAGCGCGGGCUCAGACACGGACCCGGAGACGGCACCAGGAGGCUGACUGUAAAAUUUAAAGAUGUAAGAUGUAAACCAGACUGGGGCGAGUAGGCUCCCAGGAGCCGAACCCCCGAACGCUCAUUAUGUUUCUCAGAGACGAACAGCUUCUGCCCAGCCUGCCCCCAGAGCCCCGCACCCCUCGGCCUGUAACCCGGGUGCCCCCGAGCAAAGUCUGCGUGAGUCUGCCUGUGUCUGCCACGACGGACCCCUGGUCCCCCUGCGAACAACAGAUUCCAAGGGCUCUGGAACCUUCCAUGUGAAGCCCUGAGGCUUCCGGGGGCCGCAGCCCAGCCCUGGGCUCACAGUUCCCCCGCUAGGCAUCCCGCCCUCUGCCCUGAGCACUGGCUGCUCGCCCUGCCCUGGGGGUGGGGGUGCCCGAGCCUCACAGCCUUCAUCCUGGCCAGCCUCCUGCUGCCCGCCAGUGCCUCGCAGCUCCCCCCGGCCGCUCCCCGUGCCCCAUGGCCCCGGUGCCCGCCGCCCACCGCCCGCCACUGAGAGCACUGCCCUGUGGGGGGGUUCCCCUGUGCCGAGGCCCCGCAUCCAAGGGCAGAGGACUCAGACGGCAGCUCCAAAGCCAAGACAGCCUCCGCGGCCCCUCCGCGACCAUGCUGGGUAGGGGGGCGCCUGGGGGGUGGUCCCAGACGCCUUCAGCAUCCAUGCAUGCGACACACACACCCGUGCCCGCCUCCCACGGCUGGCUGCCACUGCGCUUUGAGGAGAGGCGCCUGCCGCCUCGGGGGCACUGAGCACCCCUCAGGGCUGUUUCCACCAGCCUGCUGGUGCCGCCUUGCCCAGCGUGGGCAGGACGCACUCGCCGGCGGCUUGGGGACCAGGCGAGGCCUCACACACCCGCAGCAGGGAGGCCAGUGCCCCGGACCGUCCCAGGCACCCGCAUCCUUUCGUUGCAAAUCGCCGCGAGACCUGCAAUUCUUCUUCUGAGUUUUAGGAUUAGUGAUUCUUUGGCGCAACCAGCUAGUGGUAUUUCAAGGAAACCAUUACUUGAUAAAACGCUGAAUUUCUAACGUCAGGGUGUUUUCCCACAUAUAUUCAUUCCCAACACCUAGCUCCUGCGUACGUGAAAUACGAGAGGCGUGCGGCACGCCUGGCCCUAACGAAGCUUUCAUGUGAGAAUUCGGUUCUGCAGAUGAACUCCUGGGUUUUCAGCACUGAACUCAGCAAGCUCAGAGGCCGUGUGAACACACACUCCAGCCAGACCGGCUCUGCCCCGGGAGCGGCCGCCUCAGCCCACACGCACCCGUCUGCAUGUCGCUCUCGUGCACUCCAGUUUCUAAUAAAGCCGUUUCUACCAAGA